AGAUCACAUUCAUUGUUGUUUGGAGACGAAGAUGAUUAAUGACCCAAAUGAUAUAAAAGGUUAUCUAUAUCUAAAAAUUAAAAUGCGUAAUGUUUCUAAAAAUGUAUGUCAAAUGACCCUAUAGUAUUGAUUUUUACAUACAUACAUACAUCAGGAUUUGUAUAGCCCGUUACAAAAUUUCAUAUUGCGAUUGCGCAACACCUGACAAGUUUCGUGUCCUACUUUUUAUGGUGACGCCCCCUUAAAAAUAGUUUAUGACUUGUAUUUGGGAGGUAACUCCAAUUUAGUGUGUGGUAACAAAAAAAUGCUUUAAAAGCCUUAUUGUGUCAACUUGAUUAAAAUAUUUAAAUCAAACACAUUUUAAACAAUCAGUAAAUUGAAAUGGCGGAUCCGGGGUUUCCAGGACAACAUACGACAACAACUACAGUACAUUCAACUAGUACGACGGUACAAACGAAUAUAAGAUUCGAUCCUUCUUACGUUAGGACUUUACCAGGAAUUGCAAAAUGUGCUCAAUUGUUACUAAAUUUAUUAGGGUUCAUAUGCAUCGAAUCGAGUGGCGUCUUGGCGACACGUUCGAGAGGAUCGUUCUUUAACUUUGUAGCAAUGUUUGGUUUUUGGUUCACGGGUAUCUUACUGGCGUUUUACUUAUUCCACCUCAUAGAAAAACUCUACCGAGUACCAUGGUUGAAAUUAGAAUUCGUUUAUUGUUGCAUUUGGACAGGUUUUUAUAUGAUCGCAUCAUCUUUGGCUGUGUCGUAUAACAGCGAGGCGUACAUCGUGGCCGGGGUGUUUGGUUUCUGCGCCAUGGUUGUUUAUGGUAUAGACGCUUUUCUCAAAUACAAGGCUGUUCAAAAUGGGGAAAUCGCUCAAGAUGAAAGAUCAAAUAACAAACAAACUACGACCGUUUCUAGUCCGGCUUAUUAAAAUGUUAUCACCGAUAAAUUUUUAUCACUAUAAAGCAUUAAUUAUUCAAUAUUAACACUGUUACACUUUAUCACCCUAUUAAUUAUAACUGAAAGGAAUUUCCGAAAAUAAUGUGUUCAAGGUAUUUCAUAAAUAAUAUCGUGAAAACAUCGUGUCAUUCCUCUAAUUUAUGGUACUGUAUAAAAUAUGUCUACAUCAUAUAUAUCAGGGUGGAUUUAUUUUAAUAUGAAAUAUAAUUUCCCAAAAGUACCUAAACUGAAUCAUAAGUGAGGAAAAAAAAACAAUAAUAAUUUAGAAAUCUCUAAAAACUACAAAUUUCCAAAUGAUUUUCAAUUUGUAUAAGCUUUUUCAUCAUAUUUUAAUGGUUAUAUAAAAAUUUUUGAUACGCUUACUGCCGGUUAUGUGUAUAGUGUACAGUGUGUAUAUGUGUGUCAAUUCACACGGCAGUCAACGUGUUAGAAUAAUUUUUUCAAUAAAUCAUUAAAAUAUGAAGAAACUUGUACAAUGCCUAUAAUUUAAGAAAUUUUAAAGUUUUUAACUAUUUAAAAAUGUAAUAAGACUUAAAUUUUCUUUUUUUUUGGUCAUUCUUUUCAAAUUUAGCCUACUUUUGGGAAAUCUUAAAUCUUAUAUAUACUUACAAAAUAUGUGCAAGAUAUUCCUUAUUUAAAACAAAGUUCUUGAUAUUUUUAUUGUUUAUACACAAAGUAAACUUAUAAUUAUUUAUUUUAUUAUAUUCACUUGUUAGACACUUGAGUAACAAAAUGGCUUCUUACCUUUUUUCAAUAUCCCUUCUAUUGGUAUAAUUGUGAAUCUUAAUCUGAAUAUUUGCAUUAAAAAAAGAGUGCAUGUGAAAUCAAUAUUAGUCAAUAUAUCAUUUGUCUAUGUCUAAAAUUAGUUCGUUUUAUUCCUACGUGGCGCUGUGCUACUAGGGGUUUUUUAAGUUGGCAAUUGCGUAAAUUUGUUAUUUCUCAUUAAAACUGAUAUUUCAUACUGUAAUUAUGUCAGUUUGUGAUAGAUUCUAUAUAUUAUUAUGUCAUCAUUUUUUUUAGUAGCUUCUUAAAAUUACUCUACUGGUUUAAAACUGAAUUAUAAUUUUGCAUUUAAUAAGAGUUUAAUUAAAAUUUCGAAUAGAUCUCGUAUCUUCGUUUUGUUAUCUCUAUUCAAACGCAAUUCCAAAAUUCGAUUAUAUUUCCAUUUAUAUUCAUUUACAUUAAUUUCACUUUUGAAUUUUACGAUUUAAACGUUGGUAGUCGUGUGUUAUCGGUUUUCAGUGUUGUAAGAUUUGAUUGUUAUAUAAAUCACAUAAUUGUUAUGUAAAUUGUUUUUAUGUAUAUUAUUUUUUCAUUUUAUAAAUAAUUAUUCUAUCGUAUGUAAUUAAUUUUGAUUCUAUUUAAAAGUAUUAUUUCCAUUUCCUAUCAGUUAUAUUUAAAAUAACUAUAACCAACAAAAUCAUAUUAUAUCAACAAUCGGAUAAAAAUUACAACGUGGCAACGGUGUAAAAUGUCUGUCAUAAAUUAUCUCUACACCUUAACCUUAUACUUAUCGUAGUUUGUUUGUUAUGUUGGUUGAAUGCAGUUUUUUUUUUUUGAUUUAGUACCAAUAGUAAGUUUAUUAGAUCAAUAUGUUUUCCUCAGUACCUGUUAUCAUAAACAAUAGAUAUUUUUGAAGCCAUAUUUAAGAAAAGUUACGAGUUAUUUAAUAUGUACAUAAUUUAUUUUUGAUUUAUGAAUAGUUAAGAGUAUAUUCAUUAUUUUGUUGAUGAUUAAUGAUAUUUUGUAGGUAGUUUAUUAGGGGGUUAUUAAAAGUAUAUUAUAGGUUUUAAAUCACAGUUUAAAGUUCUCGAGUAAACGUUAUAUGUGUAAAUUGAAAAAAAAA